AUGUCCAGACACCCGCAGCACCAGCCAACAGCGCUCAAGACGCCCCAUCCUCCCCUAACCCCUCUUGUCCGCCUUCGAGAAGCGCUCACGCCCCCCACCUCCCGCUACCCCACCCGCUCCUCCUUGGGCAACUCACCUCGUAUCGACUUCCGGGCGAUUGCUGGACUUCGCUCUCAACAAGCGCGCGUUCGACGUCACUCAUUCCCCGGCCCGUCAUCCCGGUUGCCGACCCAGCCCCGGGCUACGUUGGAAACGCAACCCCGUACGCCCAACCCUCCGGCCUCUCCAACUUCCCCGCCGAGCACGGAGCAGCCGGUCGUCACCGCGUACACAGAGUCGGUUCCGGAUUCGCCCUCCGUAUCAGACUUCCUGACCCCCCAACGCUGGGAGGAGGGUUACAAACGCUGCCCCGUCUUUCGGGAUAUCGUUCUUGCGCCAGACCGACAGGACUCGGUGGAAUUUCCUCACCAGCUUCAGGGCAGACGCUACCGCUUCAAGUUCUGCCGCCUUAUCUACAUGUCUGCAUCCAUGGCCUAUGGCGCAUCUGCCCCCCAACUUUGCCUGAAUUCCUCUCACACCUCCUCUACCGCCACCACGACCAUGUAA